AUGAUGCAAAAUAUCAACGGUGAUGAUACGAAAUAAGAUCAUCCCCUUGGUGUAUCAUUGGUCGAGAAUAACCGCCUUUAAACGGUUCCGAGGCUUUACCUCUAUAAUUUCUUAUGAAUGAAAAAUGAAACUCACUCCAUUUGUCCAGGUAAUCUAUUUCUCUCUUUACUUCGUUUCUUUUUUGUUUGUUUCUGGGUAAAUUCCUCUGUGGUUGUUUAUUCAAGUUCAAGGUUUGCCGCAGGACUGACUGGUUAUGAAACCAGGAUUAAUUAUGGUAGCAGUGCGUCCAGAACCAGGAAAUGUGGGGUCUUCAUCGAAGUUUAAGCAAGCAAAAGAAGUUGGCAAAAGAGUGCUGUCUGAUAAGGGUAAUUCCCGAACAACUUCUCCUGCUGACAAAGAGAGGCCUUUUACUGCAGAAUGGUAUGCCAGCAGCCGAAGAAUCAAGGAAGCUCUAAGCUUUUACAGAAAGUUACUCGGCAACAGAAAGUUAUUAGACGAGCUCUCACAAGAAUGUGGAAAGAACCCAGAAAGGUGGCAAAAUUCGGGCCUAAGAGUUCAUAUGAGAGUAGCCAGUGUUCUUGAGAGUUUAGGUAAAUGGGUUAACACCAGCAAGCAAAUAGGACAUGUUUCGGGAAUUAAAGUUGGUGAUUAUUUCCUUUGGAGAGGUGAGUUGGUUAUCGUGGGGCUUCACUAUGAGUUUCAGAAAGGGAUAGAUUGUAUGAAAUUGAUUAAUGGUAAAACCGUGGCUACAAGCAUUGUUGAUUCUGGUCGAUAUGAGAAUGCUGUGGGGAUUACUUGUGACAAGUUGAUUUACUGUGGGGAAGGUGAAAAUCCUGACAUUGGUGGACGUAAGAAGCCAAAAGAUCAAAAGCUUGUAGGUGGAAACCUUGCAUUGAAGAACAGUAUGGAUGAUAAAAUGCCUGUCAGGGUGAUCCGUAGGUUUAACAACAAUGAUCGUGGCUACAAGUUUGUUUAUGACGGAUUGUACCGUGUGACUGAAUUUUGGAAAGAAAGAGGGAAAUUUGGUAAAUACGUUUACAAGUUCUCACUUAGAAAAAUUGAGGGGCAGCCUGAACUUGACUUGGGGAAACGGAACAAAGUGGUGAAUGGUUCUGUUGGCGGCGUAUAUCAGUGGAAGGAGAGAGACAUUAUUACUGCAGGUAGUCGUUUUGGUGAAGCUCGCAAUGGACAAAUUGGCAUCGGAUCAUCAAAUUGAGAGGAGAAACAAGCUCAAAUGCUCAUACUGGAGAAUUUUGUUCAUGUAAGAAGGUAGGCGCCAUCUUCUUUUGCCCUGUUGUUAGUGCUUUGUUCUGUAAAAAAUUUUACCAAGAAACUAGAAAGUAAUUGCAGCACAGCGUUGAGAAUGCUUACUGAAAUGGUCAUAGAGGGGAAUUUUGUAUUUGUAAGAUGCUAGUUGCCUUCUUUUUUUGACUGUUUUGGUCUGUAAGUAACACUAGAAAGUAAUGCUGUAUAGAGUUGAAAAUGCUUUCACUCAAAUGCUCAUGGAGGAGAAAUUUGUUUUAGAAUUUCUAAAGAUGGCAGUUGCUGCUUCCUUUACCCCAACUCUGUUUCUGGGUAAUGAAGACAAAUAGGAUGGUGCUUUAUGCCCUUUUGACAGUGAAGACAUUAAUGUAAUCUCACCAACACCUCUGACCACACAAAUUGGGAGGCAUGGCACGGUUGGGACCUCUCGUUUGAUGAGUGUGAUAUACCAGCCCAAAAUAUCAGCUCACAAAAUAUGGGUUUGAUGAGUAAUGAUAUAACAACCCAAUCCGUGGCCUCUAAACUCUCCAACCAAAUUUAAAUCAAUCUAUUAGGCUCAUCCCUUUCCUGAAGACUAGUGUCUUCGGGGCCAAUGAGGUAGUCCUAGGCCACUGGAAAAUAAAGUCUAGUGUCUUCGGCCCCAAGAUAUCAGCCCUAAUAAAUGCUAUUGUAACUUUGAUUUAAUUUUUAUUAUUAUUUUGACAAAUCUCCGAACCACGAAUUUAUUAUAGUACUUAAUCUAAUCAUUAUAUCCAAUGGAAUUAAUUUUGCCAAAAACAAAAAAAACUUAGUAUAAUCACCAGUUAAUAUUGCAAUAAAUUUAUAAAAAAUUGAGUUGAUUAAAUAAAUUAAAGGCUCAUUUGACAAUCAAAGAGUCAGCUUUAUAAUCCAAAUGAAAUCACAUGAUUUUCUAUACCGCAGCCAUGCUUUCCAACAUUACCCAUGUUCUUUUUC